AUGAUUCUCCACAGCCUACUUCGAAAUAUUUUAACUACCAUGAAAGAAGAGUGCCAAAAAUAUGCUGCUGUGGAUACAAAUAAUUUAAUAUCAAAAACAGUGCAUAUGUCGCAUCGUUUGACGACUGUAAUAAUUUGUUUCUACAUGGCAGCUGCGUUGUGUUAUGCAAUUGGUACCUUGACGCAUCAUUCAUUUAACGCAAUACCAUCUCGAGGACUUUUGUUAAAAAUGGAUUUGCCUUUCGAAACCAACAGAUGGCUUAUUUACGAGCUUGUUAUAAUUAUCCAAUGUUUUUAUCAAAUAUCAGGUGCCUUUAUGUAUGGCAUUUUCUCCGCUUUACUUUUAAUGUUAGUACUUCAUUUAGGUUGCCAAAUCGAUAUUAUGUGUCAGAUAUUAUUAAAAGCACCUUAUACAAAUGAAGAGAAACUAAGAUUCUUCGUUAGCAGACAUCAAGAAAUUAUCAUAUUUUCCGAGAGAAUUGAACAGUUUUUUACUUAUAUAGCACUUAGUCAACUGGUAAUAAAUACUUUGAUUAUCUGUGGCUUGGGCUAUAUUAUUGUAAUUACAUUAAGCGCUUCUAACGAGACUAGUAUGUUGAUAAAAUGUGUUCUGUUCUGCAUUUCGAUUUGCUUGGAGGCAUUUAUAUAUUCCUUUGUUGGAGAAUAUCUCAGUGCCAAGAGUAAACUUAUCGGUGACACGGCUUACGAAUUUCUUUGGUAUAACUUACACCCAAACAAAAGCCGAAUGUUGAUACCUGUCAUAUUAAGGUCUCAAAAAGGAUUUACAUUCACUUGCGGAAAAUUUGCAAAGCUGUCCAUGGAAAGCUUCACAUCUAUGAUGAAAGCUUCAGCAUCUUACAUAUCGGUACUACUUGCAAUGUCUUGA